AUGGCGCGUGCACCACUUUUUCCAAUCGAUGACUUGAGUUCAUACGACGGAGACAUCGAGAACGAUAGCUCUUACACGGGCACCGAUACUUUAGCUACUCCUUCAUUCGUUCCAACACCUCCAUCCUUGUCACCCCUUCGUUCUCACGCCCCACAAGCCCCUCAUCACAUGCAACUACAGCGCAGGCUGUCUGCGCUGCAGAAAUAUAAUGAGCUGAACCUGUCGCAGACUUCAAACCGCUCCAGCUCCACCCUCACGUUUUCUCCUGGGGCCCACCGCCGCUCUCAUCCCAACCUACACCACCUUUCCUUAGCCCCAUUGACGCCCAAAUAUCCAAUCACACCGUCCGACUACAACGCUUAUGUGGAUCCGGAUACCAGUCAGCUCCAUACAAGCUCAUCAUUGAGUCACAUAGCAAGCAUGCCGAGUCCCGGGGGCAUUCUUUCUCAAUCAGGCAGUCGCGCAACUAGCCGAUCUCGACAUCAAAGGAUCAAAAGCACAGGGUCAAUUCAGGUUGCGACUAGCUCCUCUCAAGGCGCUUUGAGCAGUGAAGUUUCUGGGAGUAAGACGACAGAGCUUGCAGAUCCUCUUACCAGGCAACAUCAUAUCAUAACGCACGCAGGGCCAAAGAGGAACGAAUCGAGCUGGCUCUUACAGACAGGGAUGGCGCUCACAGAAGGAUCAAGAGAAAGCAAGGGACAGAGCUGGCUUGCAAAGCGUGCUUCAUCUACAUCACUGCAAUCACCGGCCAUAGGAGACUAUCCAAAUUUCGAAUAUGCCCAAGGUAGGUCUGGACGAAAUACACCUAACCACAGUCGAAGAGGGAGUCGGGACAGGCGAAAAAGCAGAAGAGAGCUCGCAAUGACUCCUACUGCGUUGACAGCUUCUUGCGCAGCCGGACAACCUACAGCAGCUCAUACUUAUCCACCAAUUGCUAUGGCGUCCUCGGCCUCGGCAUGUGAAUAUGCGGCCAUUGAGCCUGAUUGGGCAGAUGCUCAGACCCAAGCCGAGAUUGCAGCAGACCUAGAGAUGGAUCUUGCGGACGAGCUAGAGGAUGGUGAGUUAUACUCAGAUGAUGAAGACAGAUAUGGCGCACUAGAAUUCGAAAGACACGACAUAGAGGAUGAUGAAAGGCAGGUCGAACAAGCCGUACGAGCUCGUGGCUUCAGGCUCGGAAGAUGGGUGGAUGGUGUAAUUGACGUGUUUCUGAAGUUGGACGAAGCCGGUGAGGAUGAGUUGGAAAUUGAGUAUGACAAGCCGGACCCUGGAGCUGUCACUGCUCCAAAUGAUGAUAUCGAAAAGAAUGAUCACCCUGAGAAAUCUAGCAGUCAGAAAGUUGAUGAUAUGGAUUCUGACGACGGCAUGGAGCCUGCUCCACAAAACCCGAAGAGUGUUUGGGAAGACUUAGCAUGGUUUGGGAGCCAAUCCUUCACUUCACCGUUCGGCCUUUCCAAGAUGGCGACGUUGAGUACGGCUUUUUCUAAGGAGAGCGAUGCUCCAGCGAUUAUCAUUCCAACCAAGCCCCAACCCCUCACAAUCUCCUACAAAGAGCUUUCAACCGAAGUGCUCUCUUUCCAGAAAAAGCUUGCAAGUUUAGGCAUUGCCCACGGCGCGGCUGUCUCCAUAGCGCUUCCAAACACGUACGAAUUCAUCGUUUCCUUCCUAGCAGCAUCAUGGCAGAGAGCAAUUGCCGCCCCACUGAACCCAUCAUAUAAGCAGGACGAGUUUGAGUUUUACAUCGACGACUUGUCCUCGGCUCUCGCUCUAGUAUCGAAGGGUUCGUUCGAAAAGGACGCCCCUGCUGUUCGUGCGGCAAGAAAAUAUGAGGCCGCGAUCGCGGAGUGUUACUGGGAUGGAAAGGAAGUGGUGUUGGAGGUCAAAGAUAAAGGGAAGCUUGCCAGCAAGGGCGGCCAAAAGUUAUUGCAAGCAGAUCCUGAUGAUAUAGCGCUUGUUCUACAUACCAGUGGUACGACUGGAAGGCCGAAAGCUGUGCCCCUGACGCAGCGCAACCUGACACGAACUAUGAAGAACAUUCAAGGUACAUAUGAGCUUACACCAAAAGAUCGGACUUACCUAGUGAUGCCUCUGUUUCACGUUCACGGCCUACUUGCAGGCCUUCUCGCUCCCUUGGCAUCGGGUGGCUCUGUAAUCGUGCCCAAUGGAUUUUCUGCGCGCCAGUUCUGGGCCGAUUUCAUAACUCACGAGGCAAAUUGGUAUACUGCAGUCCCCACAAUACAUCAAAUACUGUUGAAGAAUCCUCCACCGGAUCCAAUGCCCAAAAUCCGAUUUAUACGCUCAUGCUCAUCGCCUCUAUCUCCAAAGACGUUCCAUGAGCUUGAAACCGCCUUCAAUGCGCCGGUCUUGGAAGCAUAUGCUAUGACCGAAGCUGCACAUCAAAUGACCUCAAACCCACUCCCGCGCAAAGGCAAAAGACAGCCUGGCUCAGUUGGGUUGGGGCAAGGAGUAGAAGUAGCAAUUCUUGACAGUGACGGUAAAGAGGUUCCUCAAGGAUCUGAAGCCGAGAUUUGCAUUCGAGGCGAGAAUGUUACAAAAGGCUAUUUGAACAAUUCAAAAGCCAAUGAAGAGUCCUUCACCAAUGAUGGUUUCUUUCGGACUGGGGAUCAGGGCAAGAAAGAUAAAGAUGGCUAUGUCAUCAUAACUGGAAGAAUAAAAGAGCUGAUAAAUCGAGGCGGUGAGAAGAUCAGCCCGAUAGAGCUGGACAACGUGAUUGCGACCUUUCCACCAGUCGCUGAAGCUGUCAGUUUCGCUGUUCCUUCAGAGAUGUAUGGUCAAGAAGUGGGUGUCGUAGUGGUUGCGAAGGAAGGUAAGCAACUUAGCGAAAAGGAUAUAAUCGACUUCGUGUCUAGCAAGACAGCAAAGUUCAAGGUGCCCAAAAGGGUGUGGGUACAAAAGGAGAUUCCGAAGACAGCCACGGGCAAGGUACAGCGACGGAAAGUUGCGGAUACUAUGCUUGCCAAAGACAAGCCGAGAGCGAAGCUGUAG